AUGCAGUUAUCUUCAAUCAUUUUAUUAUUCAUAUGCUCAUUAGCAUCUGCCGCACUUAUCCCAAAUGCAGAAGAAGAUUUAAUUAUUCAAGCACCUGAAAAGAGGGAUAUCAAGACAAUUACAAGACUUCACACAGUGUAUGAGACCGGUGGUGUAAGUGAACCUACUACUAUCACAGGAGAAGAAACGACUCAUAUUGACGGUACAACAGUAUCUACUGACUCUAGUCCCACUACUUCUGGAGUAGAGGCUGCGGAAAAAGUUGCUGCAACUACACCUUCAGUUCCGAUUUCCAGCAGCUCCGGCAGUUCUUCCACUGUACCAUCCUCAUCAGCUACUGUAUCGACUUCACAAACGAGUGAAUCGACUUCAGCUUCUUCAGGUUCAUAUUCUGGCCAAGGAACUUAUUAUACUCCUGCUUUAGGCUCAUGCGGUAAGACCAAUCUGGAAAGUGAUCUUAUUGUUGCAAUCUCUCAUCUGUUGUAUGAUUCGAAGAGUACUGGUAAUCCGAAUACCAAUCCAUUCUGUGGUGAAAAAAUUACGGCUCACUAUCAAGGAAAAACGGUCGAGGUUACAGUGGUCGAUAGGUGUGACGGCUGCUCAGAAUACGACUUGGAUUUCUCGCCUUCUGCUUUUUCCAAGUUAGCAGACCAAUCAUUAGGUAGAAUUGACAUUACUUGGGAAUGGAGUAGCUAG